AUGCGAGCUAACGGGGGAAAAGCUAAGGGAGGCAAGAAAGUGUAUGAGGAGGUUAAGACGAGGGAGCACUACUGUACCUUCAUUAUUGUUGGGUUUGUGGCUGAGCUGGAGGGCGGCGCUCACUCGGACGAGACGAACAGCGGCGGCGACAACAGCAACGCCGGCAGUGUCUCGGGCGGCGCCGACGACGAUCAGGCGCGUCUACGACUUAAGCGCAAGCUGCAGAGGAACCGUACGAGCUUCAGCAACGAGCAGAUCGACGCCUUGGAGAAGGAGUUCGAGCGCACUCACUACCCGGACGUGUUCGCCAGGGAACGGCUCGCGGGCAAGAUCGGCUUACCCGAGGCUCGGAUACAGGUCUGGUUUUCGAAUCGACGCGCAAAGUGGCGGCGUGAGGAGAAGCUACGCACCCAACGAAGGGACAAUCCGCAACAACAGCAGCAGCAACAGCAGCAGCACGGUGGCGGCGUCACCCUCGGACAUCCGACGCCCCCACCAACCUCGGGAAUACACGGAGGCCAGCCGCCACAGGCUCCCUCACCUCCGAGAAGUCAUCACGGUUUCGCUCCCUCUGUCUACUCUGGCAUUCCCAGUAUGCCCGACUCCUACAGCCCGAUGACGUCGAUGCCGUCGUUCGGGAUGUCGGGUGGGGCCGGUUCCGGCGGCGCUCCCACCACCAACAACAACAACAAUCACCACCCGAGCGGGGGCCAGCACGCGGCCUCAAUGUCCUUAAUGUCCUCGCUCUCGGCGGGCGGCGUCGGCUCGAGCCCGAGCCCCUCGGGCAUGAGCCCAAUGGGCAUGACCGUCGGCAUGACCGUCGGCCCGUCCCCGGGCGCCUGCCUCCAGCAACGCGACAACGGCUACUCUUGCGCCGUCGGGGUCGGGGUUGGGCGGGCGGCCGCGGCCGCUGCCGCCGCCGCAGCCGCCGGCUACGAGCCUCUACACCUCGGCUACGGGGCGCGACCGAGCUGCAGCCCCACGCAGCCGUACCACGCGGCCGCUGCCGCGGCUGCAGCCGCCGGCCUCAACCAAUACAAUCACCACCACCAGAACCAUCACCAUCCGGCGAGCUCGACCGGCCUCAUAUCGCCGGGAGUGAGCGUGCCAAUAGCAGUGCCGGGACAGCCCGCGCCGGACAUGGCAGCGCAAUACUGGUCGUCACCGAAAUUGCAGUGACCGUGGUGCUCGUCGACGCCGACCUCGUCCUAAGCCCAACAAGAAGCAGUAAAGCGACUACCGAGGAC